GUUCAAAGAGACGGAUGCAGAACUGGCCAAGAGAAGUUCUCAGCUUGAGGUAACCCAGAGGACACUCCAAAGGACCUCCAAGUCCCUACAACGCACCAAAGAGAACCUUGCCAAGACAAAACAAGACAGGGACGAGAAGGACUACUUGGUCCAGCAGCAUGUGACCACCGAAGGAAAGCUGUAUGGCCAGGCUUCUCAGUUGCUUGACACUGCAGACAGCAGUCUUGGUGAUGUGGAAGGUUUGCACCAGAAGCUGGACAGAAAGAAAGAUGUGGAGACCCACAAUAAGUAUUGCCAAGACCAAUUCCAGGAGCGGUUCCAGGCCAGCCUAACGGAGAUGCAGCAUCGUGUGGAGGAGAACGCCAAUGCUCAGUGGAAUACAUGCACCAGUCUUGUGUCAGAUCUAGGAGAGUGCCUGACCAAUCAGACACAUGAUGUGAACACUCUAAACAGCCAAGUAACCCAGAUGGUGGAGAUACUGAAGCAGGGACUGGUGGACGUUACUGCAACACAACAAAAGGAGAGGGAGAGCUGGAAGAACUGGGCAGAAAACACUAAAGCUGCUGUCUCCAACUACAAGGAGCAGGAGGUGUCUGCCAUCCAGUCCCUGCUGAGUGGCUCUCUGCUGCCAGGCAUCCUGGAUCUGCUAAAGGGUGUGGAGACAAGUCUUCACAGAACUCAGGAGAACCUAGCCAGACACGUUGAAGCCCAAAAGGUGGCCAUCAGAUCCUCAGCAGACUCUCUACAGAGUGACCUCAGAGCUAUGGAGAGAAAUAUCAAAGAGCAGUUGGAACUGAUGGACAGUCAACUGAUGGGGUCUAUACAGAGCAUUGAAAACAUAGAGAGUCAGCAGAGAGAAGUGCAGGUCAUGCAAGAGGAUUUUGAGGUUCAGCUUCAGAAGAUGUUGGCUUCCCAGCAGGCAUUGUUGGCUUCCCACCAGGCAAGCAUGAAGCGGCACCAGGAGAGCUUGGUUGGACGGACAGAGCAGAUGAAGACAGACCUGACGUCCAUAAAACAGAUACCAGACACAUUGUCCACAACAGUCCACAGUUCUACCAACCAGACAGCUGAGCGACUGCAGCAGCACAUGUCGGGCAUUACUAGUGAAGCCACAAACUUCCUUCAAGAACAAACAACCAAUUUUGAGCAGGAUGUGCAGCUGGGGGCCCGGUGUGAGGAGAAGCUGAUUGCUGUCCAGGACCAGAUGACUGUGUUUGUACAGGAACGACAAAAGUCGGUGGAAGAACACAACAGAUUCCUUCUAAAUAGAGUAGAUGCACAGAUCCAGGUGGUGGAGAAAACACAGGAGAGGCAUGGACAAGUUGUUGAGGAAAUCAUUGAGAAGCAGCAGUCCAGCAAGGAGGCUCUUUUAACCACAAUCAGCACUCAACUGACACAGACCACAGCCCAUGUGGAGACCAUGAAGGGGGUGAUCAUGGGCCACUCUGAUGUGAUUGUGGCAUCAUCCAAUCAGACGAGAAAGGAGCUGCAACAGCGUGGUGAAGAAGUGACUGACUUUUUAUCCAAGGACAUCAAGGUGGACAUGCCUACAGGCACCACUCCACAAAGGAAGGAGUGGACAUAUCCCAAGGUUCUGUCCCAAACUGAUCCACACGAUGAGCUUCUUCAGAAGUUUCGCCUUGAGGAGACAGCCAAGCUGAUGGAGAUUGGAGAAAAUGAACCUCUUCCUGAGGAUUCUGAUUGUGAACUUGAUGUAAACGAAAGCAACCCCAAGACCCCUGAGGAGUGGUACAAGAAGACAUACUGCUUCUACAUUGACAGCAAGGCCCCCAAGACCCUACUGGGAUGGAUCUCUGGGAAGGAGGCUGAGUACAUGGAAACGUUGAGUGAAGAGGAAAUCUCCAACACUUUUCUCAGCCUUCUUAAGAAGUUCACAGGAAAGGACGACAUCCCCAAGCCUGUGAGAACAAUGAUAACCAGGUGGGGCAGUGAUGCCCUGACCUGCGGCUCCUACUCCUACAUACACGUGGGGGAGAAGGGAGACGAUAUCAGCACUGUAGCCGAGCCUCUCUACAGAGACAACACUGAAGUCCCAGCAGUGCAGUUUGCAGGGGAGGCCACUCAUAGUGAGUUUUUCUCCACCGUCCAUGGAGCCUACCUGUCGGGACAGAGGGAGGCCAACAGGCUGGUUAAUCUGUAUGGUAACAGUGAGAACAGGGCAAGGAAAUCAUGAAAUGUGACGGUCUUGGAAAUGCUGAAGAGAUGUGUACCUAUGAUAUACUUCUCAAUAUUUUGUCUAGGAAUUGAUUUUUUAUCUCAUGAUAAUUGUGAUUUUAGGGAAUCAGAUAUCAUUUCUAUCCCUUGAAAUAGAUAGGUUACUACACAGCUUUAUUUCUUUAUCUGUUUGUGAGGUUGAUUAUUACCAGUAAGGGCUAGAAGGACAUUUUCAAGGCUAGCAAAUCACAAACUGACGUCCUCACUCUCUGGAAAUAUAUCAUAUAUUGUAAGACAAUAGAGGGACUCACCUAAAGCUACAUUCCACUGUGAACAGUGAUUUUUCUCUAUAUUGAAUUCUAGACUUUGAUGUUAUAGUGAGGGGUAGAAUUACAAGUGUUAGUUAAAAGAAAUCAGGGAAAUUAAUUGUAUACUGUAUACGGCUUGCUUCUUCAAAGUGAAAAAUCACAUCAAAUGUGAUUCAGAUCUGUGCAUCUUGGUAUAUCUGUGACUACAAUUGCAGUUAGGUUCUGGAUUUGUUUUUCAAAGUCAAUACAGGAACUGAAUUGUAUCAUGAUAAUGUCUAUGUUUCCAAUAUGAAUGUGAGGAGGAACAUAUAUUGUGCAAUUGAUGAUCUUUUCAAUAUUUGUACUCAAGUCAUUGUUCAAAACCUGUGAACAAACUUGCUUUCUUACAUGGUGAAGUAAUUAAAAACUAACCGAUUCUACCUCGCACCUUAUCAUGACUUGAAUAUAAUAAAUUGCAAAGGCUGUCUGGGAGAAUUACAACAGAUCUUGAUUGUUUGCAAUAAAGGAAUGAGUGGAUUUUCA